GUUCUGAGGGAGACAGACGAGUCUGAACAACCCAUGAAGGUGCUGCGUGACCACGAGAUGGCGCCCUGCUCUCAUCGCCCCUCAAAAACCCUGCACGUCUUCCCGAGCGCACCCGAACGCACCAUCGUCGCAGCGUCUUAAAACACGCCCCGUCGGGAAGAUGGCGCGAGCCCACCUGCGCAGGUCUGGACACCAUGAACAGAGAAGUGCUGAACGCGCGGUUCCUGUCCUACCAGCGGAUGUACAGCCAGGACGCGCGCCUGCUCACCUUCGAGGACUGGCCCUUCCGGGAGGGGUGCCGCUGCACACCUGAGCAGAUGUCCCGCGUGGGCUUCAUCCACUGCCCCAGCGAGAACGAGCCGGACAUCACCCGCUGCUUCUUCUGCCUGCUGGAGCUGGAGGGCUGGGAGCCCGACGACGACCCCUGGCAGGAGCACAACAAGCGCUCGCCCGACUGCGGCUUCCUGAGGAACCCCAAGAACCUGGACCAGCUGAGCGUGCGCGAGUUGUUCCUGAUGGAGAAGGAGCGACUGAAGAACUACAUCAGGAAGGUGUCGCGGGCUCACCUGGCCCGGCUGCGUGACCGAGUGGACCAGACCAGGGAGACGCUGCAGUGCAUGCUGGACAACUGACCCGGCCCGGAGGCGUCCUGGCAGCUCGUGUAGGAUUCAACUCGCCAAUAAAGUUCUCAG